AUGCUCUCUCACGCCGACCUCCUGGAUGCUCGCCUCGGGAUGAAGGACGCCGCGGUCGAGCUGCUCGGCCACAGGGACGCUUUGAAGUGCCGGCUCGGCGGCGCAGACACCGGCCAUCCCGGAGACCUGAGCUCCGGCGCCGACGCGGUAGAGGGGACCACCCUUCUCCCCGGGGAAGACAUAAGCAAUGGCGGAUCGAACCCCAACGGCUUGCAGCAGGUCGGCGCCAAAGAGCAGGACAAACAGCAGCAGCAGCAGCAGCAGAGCUCGGCUCAGGCUGGAGGACAGCAGAGCCAGCAGAAACAGAAACGCCACAGGACCCGCUUUACUCCGGCGCAGCUUAACGAGCUGGAGCGGAGCUUUGCAAAAACCCACUACCCGGACAUCUUCAUGAGGGAGGAACUGGCGCUCAGGAUCGGAUUAACUGAGUCCCGCGUGCAGGUCUGGUUCCAGAACCGCCGCGCCAAAUGGAAGAAGCGCAAGAAGACCACCAACGUGUUCCGCGCGCCCGGCACGCUGUUGCCCACCCACAGCCUGCCGCAGUUCCCGUCCGCCGCGGCCGCCGCCGCCGCCAUGGGGGACGGCCUGUGCUCCUUCCACGCCAACGACACGCGCUGGGCGGCGGCGGCCGGCAUGCCGGGGGUCUCCCAGCUGCAGCUGCCGCCCUCUUUGGGCCGCCAGCAGGCCAUGGCGCAGUCGCUGUCGCAGUGCAGCCUGGGAGCAGGGCCGCCCCCAAACUCCAUGGGCCUUUCCAACGGCUUACAGUCCAACGGCUCCGGGCUGCAGUCGCACCUGUACCAGCCCACCUUCCCCGGCAUGGUGCCCGCCUCCCUCUCCGGUCCGACCAACGUGAGCGGCUCGCCCCAGCUGUGCAGCUCGCCGGACAGUGACGUGUGGAGAGGGACCAGUAUCGCCUCACUGCGCCGCAAAGCGCUCGAGCACACGGUGUCCAUGAGCUUCACCUAACGGGACAAAAGAAAAGAUGAUAAUUAAGAAAAAAAGAGUUCCUCGCAAAAAAAAAGAAAGAAAAAAGAAAAAGAGAGAAAGACCCCAACGAGUAGUUGAGAACAGUGGAUGAGCACUCAGGAGCGGAGGGGUGGGUUUUGGGGAGGGGGUAACUGUGGGCAAUUACAAUUGGCAGCCUUAAAGGGAGAAUGGAGUGGAAAUUUCAGCAGAAUAAAGAACAGGUUCGCACAACCCUUAACAAGAUUCGCUGUUCUAACUUUAUUCAGCAGUGAGUAACCAGGCUGCCUUCACCUCUGAUAGCAGUUAACAUAAAGGUAUUCUUCUAAAUUUAAGUCUACAUUUCAAGACAGCCAGGUUAGUUUACUUUUUAAUGUUAAAAAAGCAAACCUUUUAUACAUUUAUUUAUUUCUUUUUAAUUGCAGUGACCCCAUUUGGAAAAAGGCUGGAAGUUCAGGUAUUCUGGGCCAUCGGGUGACCAGGGGUCUCCCAUUUAUUCUAAUUUCAGCUCAUACAUUUCUGGCACAUUCUUUCUAAAUGAGCAACAAUCAUGUCUGUAAAUAGGCUAAUUUCUUUUAAUGGGAAAGUAAAUAAAAGAAUGGCUUUUUCAUUCAGCCCUGAUGUCUCAUAUGGCCAAAUAACACAAUGUCCCUGCUGAGCAAAUGGCCCACAGUACCUCAGUCCACCCUACCUUUAUUUAUGAGUCAGUUGUGUAUCUUGUCCUUAUUUAUUUAUUUAUUUAUUUAUUUAUUUAUC